AUAUAUUCUUGCGCUGUUGUCAUGCUGCAGGUCUUCAUCAACAUGAUAAAUAACAAAAACUAUUUAAAUAACAAUUACUGAUUGCGUUUAUGGUCAACCCCUCCACAAUCAUGCCGGUAACGAACCCGCAAUGAGUGAUCAAUGGAGAUGCUUUCAUUUGCUGCCUUAAGUGAUAGCGCUGAUAGUGCCAUAUUAUACAUUUUAUAAGGAUAUAAAAUCAGAUUCAGUAUGUAUAAAAACAGAACUGUGAUGUACUAUGUGCUAUUUUACUCGUUGACUGUUGUCACGCUAGUUUUAUCUCGAAAUGACCCCAAGAAUGAUCCAAGAAAUAGCAGCGACCUGACUUUAUGGAUUGAUGAAAAGCAAGUUAAAAUGUUCAGUGGAGUCUCCAUGGAAAUCUAUGCCAUCGUCAAUGGAAAUGUUCUACCAUACAUACUUGACCCUAAUUUUGAAAACUACCUGCCAGUAAUCCCAUCUGAGGUAAAUUACGUUAAUUUUACUUGGAAAGCUGGAAACAAAAAGUAUAACUACAAUUUUGAUAAACUACAAUCUUAUGAUGAGAGCAUUUUGGAGGCUCCAGUAAUCUCUAUAAAAACAAAAGGCAGAGUCCCAAAGCGACCAAAGGAGUUUAGUAUAUUCCUCCCAUGCAUAGGAAAUAGCUCAGGCAAGGCUAGAUUCGAAAUUGGCUUGCUUAUUGAAACUAGAAAAGGUAAGUCUCUAAAUGGUACACCUCUGCGACUGAAGCUGAAAAAAGAGUGUUCCAUCUCCCAAAGAAGUAAGUUAUUAUAUUACAUAUUUAAUGGAAGAAAAUACAUUUUUGUGUUAAUACUAAUAGGUCCAGAUCCGGAAUGCGACAAAAAGUGUGCGAACCAAGGGUGGUGCAAUAAUGAAAAAAUUUGCCAAUGUCCGGAAGGUUAUAUGGGCCAAUACUGUAAGACUGCUUUAUGCUAUCCUCAAUGUAUGAAUGGAGGAAAUUGUACUUCGCCCGGCGUAUGUAGUUGCCCUACUGGUUUCCAGGGAACUCACUGUGAAGGAGGUAUCUGCAGUAAGAAAUGCUUGAACGGAGGCAAAUGCGUGCAAAAAGAUACGUGCGAGUGCUCUAAAGGCUACUAUGGACCUCGUUGUGAAUUUUCCCGUUGCAUUAUCCCAUGUUUGAACGAUGGACGUUGUCGAGGAGUUAAUAAAUGCAAAUGCUUGCGAGGAUUUAGAGGCGAUCACUGUGAGGUUGCCCGAGCUAAACUUGCAAGGGCUGCAUGUAGUCUAAACUGUCGACAUGGAUCCUGUGCUCCCGAUGGUGAAGCCGCUUGUAUCUGUGAGAAGGGGUGGCAUGGUCGAUUAUGUCAGCAUGCAACAACGAUGUGAUUUAAUCCAUCUGCAAUGAUAUUUAUUUUUAUGUGAUGUUUAUUAAACUGUAUUUUUCAAAUA